AUGUACAACAUUAAAGAGAUGAUAUACGUGAGUAACCAAAGGAAAAUCUUUAUGAAAUUCAGCGUGUAUGGAGCUCUACUAUUCUUAGCUGUUACAAUAGCUCUAACACCGCAUUUCUUUUAUAAAAAGCAUCCACUAUCACCCAGCUUAGUCAAAUUCCCAACGGAUUUGAAAUAUAUCCUAUUUUGGAAGGGAAAAGAAAAAACUGGGUUCCCCAACAAAGAAUGGGACACUCUUUUUGCUACGGGGCAAACCUUGUUUAUUAAACAGAAAUGCCAGAACAUAAAUUGCUACAUAACAUACAACAGAACUUUGCUGCAGUACGAUUGGUACUUCGAUGCUAUUGUUUUCGAUAUCCGCGCUAUAAGGCAUAACAAGGUGAGUGACUUCAACCUGACGAGAGCGGACUAUCAAAAGUAUAUUUUCAGGGCACUGGAGUCGACCCAGGGGCGACCAGUUUGCAAUAACUUCUACGAUGACUUCUUCAACCUGACAUGGACUUACAAACUAAAUUCAGAUAUACCGCAUCCAUUUCUAGAUAUCUACGAUUUGAACAAUACUUUUGUGGGACCAGCAAUGAACGUAACUUGGCUGGAAUAUUUUAAGCACACUGAUAGAUUCGCGAAGAAGGUUAAGCAUAAGACAAAAGCUAUAGCAUGGGUUGUAGAGUCGUGCAAACUUAAGUUAACACACCAAGACUUUUACGAAUCAUUGGUGAAAGAAUUGAAAGGAUACAACUACUCGAUAGACCUGUAUGGUUCUUGUGGAGAGAACAAGUGUCCUAAUGGUGCUCUGUAUAAAUGUUACAAGAUGAUAGAAAAGAACUAUUUCUUUCAACUAGUGUUCGAAGACUCGAUCGCAGAGGAUUUCGUGACUGAAAAACUGGUUAAAGUUAUGCAGCUGUCACUCGUUCCUAUUGUCUUAGGAGGAGCUGAUUAUAACAGAUUCCUGCCACCGGGCACCUAUAUAAACUCUCAAGGAUUCAAUAUGAAGAAACUGGGAGCAAUUAUAGACUACCUAAUUAGGAACCCUGAAACUUACUCCUUCUUCUUAGACUGGAAGAAUCAUUAUGUCUACAGUUUGAGACCUAAGAACUACGUUUGUGACCUGUGCGCUAAGUUGAAUGACCCAGAUCAAAAUACAGAUGGUAUUAAAAGGUUUAGAAAAUGGUGGAAUCCGGACUAUAAGGAAAUAUGUAUGAGAGAACACCUUUAUAAAAAAUUCGCUAAGGAAUCUUUUUAG